AUGGGCCUUAUUCUCGACAAAAGAUACAUUUACAACAACAACUCAAACGGCUGGUUGUGGGGGAGAUGGCUCUUGUUUAUCGUGGUCGCGAUUGGUGUGGUCUUAUGGGUAUUUGGUGUGAAUGUUAGGAGACGUAAGUAUGGAAGGAACCCCAUUAGAGGUACUGCGUGGUUAGCGCCGCCUCCUUCGUAUGGAAUGUCUCAGAACCAAUACAAUAUUCCUGGCAACCAGAACCCGGUGCCCGAGUACUCGGCAACUGCUAAUGUUAACGACGCAGGGUUUUUCGACGAGAGUGGUAAGUUUCAUCGCACACAACCUGGCCAGCCCGUAGAUGCUGAAAACACGGCAGUCCUAUCCCAACCAGAGCCUGCCGUGACUCGUGACAGCCGCCACCCAGAAGAGGCUACAAGCUCUUCCAGUACGCCCCUUCCAGCCUUCCAACGACCAGACGUGCCACCUCCAGCUUCGACGUCGACCGAGCAUCAUUUUCAAAGGCCAGAGGGUCCGCCUCCUGUUCAAACUACUAGUACAAAGUGA